AUGCUCAAGUUUGUGAGGAUGGAUGAACAUAUUGGUUUCAACGGUAACGUGGGUGAAACAGCGGGGAACAGGCUGUUCCCCGCUGUUUUCAUACUCAUAGAAGCCUUGGCUGAUGGUGGAGUCAAGAUGGGUUUGCCAAGAGAUCUAGCGUACAGACUGGCUUCCCAAACAGUUCUUGGAGCUGGUCAGAUGGUUCGAGACUCUGGAAUGCACCCAGCAGUACUCAAAGAUAAUGUCACCUCUCCCUCUGGAACGACAGCUGCAGGGUUACAUUUCUUAGAAAAAUCUGGUAAGAAAAAGUAUGUUCUGAAGGUUAGAGGAGUUCCAUAG